GACAUUUGACAAGACGAAGACGAUUUAUAUUUUUGAUUUGGCGAGUAGAGCCGUGUUGUAGAAUCGAAUCAGAAAAGGGAAAAUAUACUCUUUGACGCUUGUUAUUUAUGUUGAGGGUCUGAUAAGACUAAUACAGUAAUAGCAAUGAUUCUUCUAUAAAUUUGUUGUGAUUGGUUAAUAUGGAGAUCUCAGGAGUGGGUAAAUCACCAAACUCAUCACUGUCUUUUAGAUACAAUGCCAACAAUGAGGAACUAGAGGAGCUGUACCAUGUGUGUGAGGACGACCCUCCAACGCCGCAGUGCGACCCCGCCCCCGCCACGCCGGGAGAGAACGCCAGCCCCAAGAGAGGAGAGAGGUCUUCAUCAAUCAUAGAUAAAUAUUUUAAAUCCAUUCGUGCUGAGAAACCUGUUGAAAAGCCUGAGGAUGCAAAGCCUGUUGAGAAUAAACCUGCAGAAGAAGCUAAACCUGUUGUGGUGCCUAAGGAAGUUACUUCGUCUCCUAUGAAGGAGUAUUUGAACCGCUUGGGUAAGAGAAGCACUUCAGAGGUUUCUCCCGAUGUUAAAGAAGGAACAAAUGAAACUUGGAAGAUAUUCCAUGAUUUCAAAUUUAAGAUUGCUCAGGCAGUUGAAGAUAUGAAAACUCGCUCAUUAGAGGAGGGAAAGGAAAAAUCACUUCCAAGAGAUAAUUCAACAUCAGAUUCUGAAGAAAAUUCAGCCAUUAAGGACUCCGACCAGCAAAGUGUUGGAGAUACAGACAACCAGGUAUCUUCACUAGACAGCAGUAUACAGAACUUAUCGGAAAUGACGCAACCACUGACGGCUAAGGCCACUGAACGGGAAUCAAGUCUUCCUGUUGAUAAGAAUCACUCGGAUUCCAGCGACGAUACACAUAAGAAUUUAAUAUUCAAUGACUCCGGAGAAUCUCGAGACAUUCUCAGCGACAGCAGCAUUAUGGAAGUGGAGUCUGGUAUCGAGGCGUUGGAGGACAACAUCGACGGUUUCGGCGACAUACACAACGUGGACCCGCACUUCCAGAGCAACAAGCCCGUGGAAACAGACCCCAUGUCCUCCCCACACGCUCACACCACCUUCGGUACACCCCCGAGCAAGAGCAACUCCAAAAUACCAUACUCCCCAGACAGUCCAAAAAAAUACUUCUUCAAUUUUUCAAUGUACUUCCUGACAUUCCUUAUUUUGAUAAACUAUUUACUAUUCCCUAACUCGAAUAUUUGGAAUGGGUUCGUUCUGGGCUUGUGGUUCUUUUGUUUUACGAGCAACUUGAAGAGUUGGUUGCUGGAUACGUAUUUCAGCGAAGAGCCGAAGAGCUCGACGCUGUUGCAGCUGAAGCGGAGUAGCGCUAUGCCACCUACUUACACGAUACCUUCGGUGAAGGAACAUAGGCCUAUCAAGAAGUAUGAGGGCUGGAUAAACCACUACAGAUUCCCGGACUAUGAUCCGUGGACAUAUCACAUUAACAAAACAACGACAGCGUUUAUGAAGCUUGAAGGGUGUAAUCUAAGAAUAUCAUAUACAAGCACGAAAAUACCGAAGAGAGCGCUUUGGGACGAAAAGCUUGAUAAGGUAGCGUUUUAUCAGCACAGGUUAUAUAACCUGACUGGAGCGAGAAUUAUAUUGAUGCCGAAAGGACUGGUCAAGAGGAGGUAAGAUUAAUGAAACUUAUUUUUGACACAACUUAUAAACAGUUGUAUAAUCCAAAUAUGUGUUCACUUAGACCCUCGAGUUUAAUGCCGUUGAAUGUCUAUACAGUAUUCCUUUCAGAUUUCUAGUACUUCGUAAAAGAUUUUUACGAUAUGCAAAUACAGAAAAGCGAA